AUGGAGAAUGUGGGCUUACCUCGAUCCUCUCCUGUUUACGCCAUCGAAGAGAGCGUCAUCCGGAAGAAGGGCGAGAAGCUGAUAUGUCCAAAGGACAACAGGCUGGGCACUUCCUACGUCGAUGCGCUUGUGGAUGGUGAUGCCGGCCUUUCCAACUACAUGCUGUCCUACAGCUGGGGCUAUCCUGUCGGGGACAUUGCAGAUACACUCUCUGACUUCUUUGGUGAAGAGAGUCUACAUGAGUUCAUUUGGAUAUGCUGUCUGUGUAUUAACCAACACCGGGUGAAAGAGGCUCAGGCGGCUGGGCAAACGGUGUCCUUUGCAGAGUUCGAAGAGGCGUUUGGGCGUCGCGUCGAAGGCGUUGGCCACAUACUUGCCAUGAUGAGCCCCUGGCAGGAGCCCCGCUACAUUCGACGCGUGUGGUGCGUCUUCGAGUUUAGCAUCGCGAUCAAGGAGCGCAAGGAGCUCACAGUCCUGAUGCCUCAGGCCGAGAAGGACUCCUUCCGCCUUGCGCUCUUCGAAACCGGGUUGCAGGGCAUCUACGACGUCCUCGCAUCCCUUCGGAUCCAGGACGCUUCGGCCUCAGUCGAAGAAGACAAGAUCAACAUCUUAAAGUCCAUAGAUCCGGAUGCCAUCGACUACAACGAUUCCGCCAAGGUGGGUGCCCUCAACACCAAAGUCCGGCAGCGAAUUCAGCAGUGGCUGGUGAACACGGCCGUCCAAUGGCUGGAG